CUCUUUCACAUCGUAUUAGUCCCACUUUGGUUGGCUUAGGAUUGUUCUUGCAUCAUCUUAAAAAUGGCUUCGCUUUCUUUACUCAGCGGCGGUGCUCUCCAGGCUCGUUGCGCAAGACAUGCGCAUGUUAGCCCACGCGCGGCGCAUCCUACCAAACCCGCUCCUCCGUCCUCCUCUCUAACCGGCGCCUCUCGCAGGAACCUGCUGUUUUCCCUGACGGCAGCCACGGUGGUGACGGGACUGCAGCCUGCAUCAAUGGCGGAGACUAUUCCGUUGUUCGGGAUCAGAAAGAAGCUGAAGAAGGCAGAAGAAGAAGCGGUGGAGAUCGUGAAGGAAGGCUUCGAGACGGCGGAGAAAGGACUAGAGACGGCUGAGAAGGGAUUAGAGGCGGCGGAGAAGGGAGUAGAGACGGCGGAGAAAGAAAUCGAGACGGCGGUUAGUUAUAACGGAUUGACGCAGGCGGGAGCAGUUGUGGCGGCUGAGUUCGUCGGAGUUCUUGUCGCAACUUCAGUCGUCAACGGGAUUUUAGGACCUGAAGCCCAGAAGUCGUAGACUUUUAUCAUUUCAAGACUGAAAGACAUUUGAUCUUUAAGUGUAAUAUUGUGUCUAAAAGUUGUGUUAAUUAAGCGUUGAACGUAUGUAAUCUUGUUUGAGUUUUGAUAAUAUAUAGUUUUAAUUUAUUUUCA